UUCUCCCAGGCUGACAUGGAUUCCGAGCCCCCCACCUGCCGGACGGAGUCUCCAGUCGGGACGCUCUGCCAGAAGACGCCAGAGGAGGCGAGCUCUCCGGAUUCCUCCUCAGAGAGCAAUGCGAAGGAGGUCUGCGAGGACAUGAGUGGUGAAGACACUUCUUUUGUUCCAACAGUUACAGCAAUUUCCUCUACCCCAGAUUUCCAGUGGAUGGUCCAGCCUACGAUUAUUACAUCUGUCUCCCCGUCUCUGGGUAGCAAGCAAGCCAAUGAACAGCAAAGCUCUCACCAGGCAACACCCAAAGCGGGCGGGAAUAAGGGAAAAAAUGCUGUCAGGAAGGGGAAAGCAGAGCAGCUGUCUCCAGAGGAGGAAGAGAAAAAGAGGAUAAGAAGGGAGAGGAAUAAAAUGGCCGCAGCAAAGUGUCGCAACAGACGGAGGGAGCUGACGGAUACCCUGCAAGCUGAGACAGACAAGCUGGAGGAGGAGAAAGCAGCCCUGGAGACGGAAAUAGCCAACUUGCUCAAGGAGAAAGAACGGCUUGAAUUCAUCCUCGCAUCCCAUAAACCGGUGUGCCACAUAUCGGAGGAUCUGGAGUCGAUUUUCCAGGAGCCCGCCGGAUCUCCAGAUCUGCCUCCCAGUCCGGACGAGGACAGGCUCCCGGAGGAUGGUACCCAGGAGGCUCCCUCCCUCCAGGACAUGGAAAUCCCCAGCGAUCCGUCCACCGCCAUCUCCGGGAACUCCAACAUCCUGCUGUGCGCCAGCGCCGAAAUCAACAUCUGCGAUCUGGAGCCCUCUCUGGACAUUAAGGAGGGGCUUCUGGACAGCAUGCUGCCCAGCCUGGAGGAGAAAACCCCGCUGGAGACGGCCCGGUCCGUGCCGGACAUCGAUCUGAGCAGCUCCCUCGGGGUGUCGGACUGGGAGACGCUGUACAAGUCGGUGUCCGGCGACCUGGAGCCGCUCAGCACCCCCGUGGUGACCUCCACCCCCACCUGCAGCAGCUACCUGUCCGUCUUCACCUUCUCGUGUCCCGAGCUGGACUCUCUCGCGGAGGGACUGGACAGCCAUAAAGGAGGCGGAAGCAAGGCUGAGUCCGUCGACAUCCUCAACUCCCCGACCCUCCUCGCCUUAUAAUGCACGGGGGGGAGGCGGGCCGUCCCAUCCCUCGGCCAACAGCGUACGCCACAGUAAACACUUCAAGGAACACACUCACGAAAUGUCUUGUAUGCGACUAAGCUAACAUAUAAACUUUUCUCCGGAUACAUAACCAAACAGAGUGAUGUAGCUAAAAGCAUGGCUUUUAAUUUAACGGGAGGGUCCGAAGCCGUUCGGGUUUUUAAAACGCAUGCUGAGAAAUUCCAACUACUUUUCAAAGGUCAUAUAUAUCUGAUCUGUUCCUAGAUCUAAGGUGUAACGUGGAAUUCAAUGUGACAGUAUGGUUUCGUGUUUUGGUGUCAAUAGUGUAUUGAUUGCUGUAAAUGUAUUUUCAUAUCCAUCUCUGUUCAGUACCUGCAUACCUCAAUGUCAUCGGCUGUGGUUUGACCUCAUCGUUCAAAUGUUGAAAGUUUUCCAUGAAAACAUCCAGUGCUGUAUACUAUAUACAUAUGAAUAUAUAUAUAAAUAUAUCUUAUCAAGAUGUAUCUUAUGAUUUAUUUUUUUACCUUUCAGAUUUUGACUUAUUUGUUAAAUCGAAGAAUAAGUGAAAAUGGGCAUCGAUUGCUUAUCUAUGCUGCUGAAUAAUUACAAUAAAUCUACAUUCACAGUG